AUGUCAUCCAAUGGCAAGAAUGGCACUCAAGAGGAAUACUCUAAGGACUCAUUCGACAGAUUCGGUGAUGACUUAUGCGAAGAGAUAUUGUCUUAUCUGUCACUGAAAGACGGCUUCAGAUAUGAAUGUCUGUCCAAACAGUGGCGAAGAAGUAUUCAUCAGAAGAGACAUAAUCUUGUGAUCAACACAUGGCUAAUAGACAAUAUGGAUCACUACAUUGAUGUCGAGCUCAUGGAUUCACAGACAUUUGAAUUGGUGCUCAAGAAGUUACCAAACAUUACACGCAUUGAGAUAACUGUGAAAUCGUCAGCAACGGAACGGGUGUUUGAAGUACUCAUGAAGUCAUACAAACACUUGAAGACAAUUCACGUCCGCUUUUGGACCGGAAAUGACACACAAAUAGUAAACAGACUAUUGCGGACAUAUGGAUCACAAUUGACAUCAAUAGUGAUGACAAAGGAUGCAUUUAAUGUGUAUAAAGAGUACUUCAAUUCAAACACAAAACUCACACAACUGUCCGCACAUAUUGGCCAACCAUUACAACUAGAAUUCAGUGAUAUAUUCAAUGAUAACAACUCGUUGUUGGUUAAGGGGAUAUACCAGUCCGAGGGAUAUAUCUUUACAAUGAAACAGUCCGAGGGAUAUAUCUCUGCAAUGAAACAGUUGUGUGAAUUGAAAGCAUUGCGAGAACUGACACUUCGUAUUGAUGUUGAUUUCGAUAAUACAGUCAUUAAUAGUAUAAUCGACUAUCACUGCAAUGAAUUUGUCAGUCAAUGGCCACAACUCAAGAGUUAUCACUUGAAGAUCACGUACACAACGGCUCCGCAGUUGAGACGACUGUUUGAGUCCGUGAAUGAUUUCAAUGAUUUGGUGGUAACCGAGAGGUUUUUCGAUGAUAUCGACACACAUUUGCCACGACUUCAGUCGUUAAGACUCAGCGCCUACUUCGAGAUGAGCGCCGGUAUUAAGGAAUCGGCAAAGAUCGCAUCCAAUGAUAAGAAUGACAUUCAAGAGGAAUACUCGAAGAACUCAUUCGACAGAUUCGGUGAUGACUUACAUCAACAGGUGUUGUCUUACCUAUCAUUCAGAGACUGUUUCCGAUUUGAAUGUGUGUCCAAACAGUGGCGAAGAAGUAUUCACCAGAAACGACAUAAACUUGUGAUCAACGCAUUGCUGUCGGAGAUGAGUGCCGACCACUACCUCGAUGUCAAUCGCAUGGAUCGGCAGACAUUUGAAUCGGUGCUCAAGAAGUUGCCAAACAUUACACGCAUU